GUUGAUUUUAUAAUAGAUUGUUUUUGGUUGAUAUCUUGCAAGUACCACUUUACACGCUUACCGAUUUUAAGUACCUAGUUUUCUAUAGAAAAAAAAUAUUCGACUUAGAAACAUGAAGCUGAUAGGUGGCUUAGUAGUUUUGUGCUCCAUUUAUAUAGUGGAUGCAGCUGAUUUAAUUGUAUCUCUACCUUAUGGAACAAUUCGGGGAAAAGAACUUGUUAGUCCUGGCAACAAAACGUUUAGGGCAUUUCAGGGAAUCCCAUAUGCUGCAGCUCCUGUUGGUACCUUGAGGUUUCAGGCACCUCAAGACCCCUAUAGUUGGGAAGGGACUAAAAACACCACAAAAGAUGGGCAUGUCUGUUUUUCAAUUAAAAAGGAUAGUGAUGAGGAAAAUGAAGACUGUUUAUUCAUGAAUGUUUUCACACCUAUCCUUAAUAAUUCAUUAGCAGAAAAACUUCCAGUUAUGCUUUGGAUAUAUGGUGGAGCCUUUAGAACCGGUUCAUCAAAAUAUAAUAGUUUUGGACCCGAUUUCCUUAUUGAAAAAGAUGUUGUCAUUGCCAGUUUCAACUAUAGAGUAGGUCCUUUUGGAUUUUUGGCUACGGAAGAUGGCGUAAUCCCUGGCAAUGCGGGGUUAAAAGAUCAAGCCAUGGCUAUAAAAUGGGUUAAUGAAAAUAUUGCAUUGUUUGGAGGUGAUCCUGCUAGAGUCACACUAUUUGGACAAAGCGCAGGCGGAGCUUCAGUGGGAUAUCAGUUACUUUACAAAAAAAAUGAAGGUUUAAUUAAUGGGGCAAUUCUCCAAAGUGGCAGCCCCUUGAGUUCCUUUAGUUUUAUGGGAGACAUCAGUGCAAGAGCAUACGCCUUUGAUUUGGCUAGUCAAAUUGAUAACUCGACUAACUUUGGGAACGAUACUGACUUAUUAGUUGAUUUUCUUCUGAAUGUUACUGGAAGACAAAUUGAUAAAGCAUCUACUUUAACAACCGUAACUUCGAGGCCCUUACCAGUUAUCGAGAACGAUUCUGAAGACGCUUUUCUUACUAGAGAAUCUUAUGAAAUGUUAUUGGCAGGCGAUUUCCUAAAGAUACCCAUAAUGGUGGGCACAACUUCUGAAGAAGAUAUUUAUGGUUUUGACGACAUUGAGUCAGUAAACAGCUCUUUUACAAGUUAUGAUAAAAAACAUGCUAAAUUUGUACCUUCUAAAGGGUUUCAUCUUAAAACUGGUCAAACUAGUGAAGAAGUAGGUGAAGAGAUAUACCAGUUAUAUUUUGCCAACGUGUCAUCAGAUGAAAAGUUAGGUCAUUUUGUAAAAUAUUCUAGUGAUAACAAAUAUUCAAAACCAAUGAUCAAACAUGCAGAUUUAUCAUCCAACUAUACUGAUGUCUAUUUCUAUAUAUUUUCGCAUGAUGGUCCUAUGGGUAACUGGAAUUUUUCCGUACCCGGUGCUGAUUUAGUGGGUCAUGGCGAAGAUGACAGAUACAUAUGGCAAGUUAAAUCAAGCACUUACACUAAUGUUGAUUUAUCCAUAUUCCCGGAGGCAGAUAGACUGACACAUGAAAGAGUUAUCACGCUGUGGACUAAUUUUGCAAAAUAUCUAAAUCCUACACCGGAGGAAUCAGCGCUUUUGCAAAAUAUCACGUGGCCAAAAGUAACACCUGGAAAUUUUCAAUACUUGGAUAUUGGAGACGAUUUGAUAAUAAGGGAAGACCCAAAAAGUCCAUAUUACGCUGGAUGGACUAAAAUAUACGAGCAGUACAAUGAAAGGCCAUUUACUAUUUUUUAAAACAGCUAUAAAAAAUGUAGUUUAAAUAAUUGGCAUUAUAUUAUCCAGUUAAUUUUUUCUCCUUCUAUUUUAUGAAUAAAUAAUAUUUAAAUUUGGUGUACGUAAUAAAAAUGAACAAUAUGAA